AUGACGACACAAGCUCCAGCCCUCACAACGGCCUUCACACCCGCCAAGUCAUGCUUCCAGUAUUACAAGUACAGAUACACAGGCACUGAACUCACAUGUUUAGAGGGCGGCACCGGUGCGCCCAGCGCGUGCACCUACAUGCAGCUGGGUCCCUCAGGUAGCGACGCAAACUGCUUCCCCAGCAGCAUGGAACUCGGCUCAACAUUUUACUACUCCCCUGGUAUAUGUCCCAGCGGAUUCGAAGUCGCAUGUAGUUCAACUGUCGGCGGCGAGACGAGAGCGACGUGUUGUCCAAGUUCAUUUAGUUGUCAAACUGAGACGGGCUGGCCUUGGUACAGCACUGAUCUGUGCACCAUCUCGAUCCCACGCACGGUCGAGGUGAUAGUUUCCGAAUCAGUUGUCGGAGGAGAUUGGAAGAGGACUACUGUUAGUGGAGCUGCGGCUAAUGCUAUUGGUAUUCCCAUCCGAUGGCAUUCCUCCGAUUUCGCGUCCACCACGACUGGGGCAAGGACUUCUGCAACGGGCAGCGUGACGGAAACAAGUUCUUCCUCUACAGGAACUUCCUCGAGUGAUUCUUCAUCAGAUAACGGGGGUUUGAGCACUAGAGCGAAGGCAGGCAUUGGUGCUAGCGUUGGAGUGGCAGUUCUUGCUGGACUGGCUGCACUUGGCUGGUUUGUGCUUCGAGCGAGGAGGGCUAAGCAGGCAAAUAUGGUGGCUGCACCCGGGGGAGAGGAGGCUAAGGAAUCUACAAUGCAGCAGCAACAGCAUCCAUGGGAGCUUGAUAGUCACGAGGCUAUGAUCCCGGCCGAGCUACCGUCAGACAGUGUAAAUCAUAUCAGGUAUAAGUAA